AUGUACUCGAAAUGCCCAACAGAGAAAAUCAACCUUACUGGAGAACUCUUCUCGACUGCUAUGUCGGCCAGCAAGCAAUGGAAAUUGGAAAAGUCCUUAGGAGAGGUGACAACGGAGUGCCUGACUGUUCUGGUUCCCGAGGGUGAGAGCGAAGACAUAUCCAUUACUUUAUGGGUAGGUAGAAGAGAAGGGUUCCGGAUCUCGGAUACUCUCAUGCUGAAACCGACGUGGUCCAUACCACCCAAGCGUCAAGAACCUCCACCUCAUAUCCAGCAGGAACAAGAUGGGUGGCAUUGA